GUAAAAGAGCACAGAAGAGAACGGAGCGACGCCAUGAGCAACCCGGCGACGAUGGACGCGAUAGGCGCCGUGAAGAGUUACAUCGACAAGAUAUUGGGUGACAGCCAGCUGGAGGGAAUGAAAGCACUCCUGCUGGAUGCUGAAACAACCAAGAUCAUCAGCAUGGUGGUCAGUCAGAGCCAAAUCCUGGAGAAACAAGUCUUCCUCGUCGAGCAACUGGGGGCGAACGCACACGAGAAGAUGGUGCACUUGAAGGCAGCUGUCCUUAUCCGCCCAACGAUUCGAAACAUGGAGCUUCUCAAGACGGAGCUCAAAUCGCCCAAGUACGGCGAAUACCACAUCUUUUUCACAAAUAUCACGUCGAAUGACAUUUUGGAGCGGCUCGCGGAGGCCGACGAGAACGAAGUCGUGUCGCAGGUGCAGGAAUUCUACGUGGACUACAUGGCUGUGAACGACAACUUGUUCCAUUUCAACGUGACCGGUGCUGUCGCGUUGAGCUUGAAGGCGACGAACCUGGUCAACAUGUCGCCUAGGACCGCCGCAGUGUACCAGCGCAACAUGGACGGGUUGACGGCGCUGCUGCUCUCGAUGAAGAAGAAGCCCAUCGUCCGGUUCGCGAAGAAAUCGGACAUAGCCGAGAAGAUGGCGCGCGACGUUGCGACCCGCAUGCAGCACGAAGAUGGGCUUUUUGACUUUCGCCAGCCGUCGAUUCCACCCGUGCUGCUCAUUUUGGACCGUAAAGAUGACCCGAUCACGCCGCUCCUGAGCCAGUGGACGUAUCAAGCGAUGGUGCACGAGCUCCUCGGUCUAUUUGAGAACCGCGUGAACUUGGAAAAUGCACCGGGGAUUCGGGACGACAUGAAGCAGGUCGUGCUGAGCGUGACGUCCGAUUCUUUCUUUGCACAACACAUGCACGCCAACUUUGGCGAGAUUUGUCUUGCGGUCAAGGGUCUCGUCGACCAGUACAAAGUCGCGACAAAGCAGAACGAAAGCAUCGAGAGCAUCGAAGACAUGCAGCGCUUCGUGGACAAGUACGCCGAGUUCCGCGCGCAGUCGGUGACCGUCUCCAAGCACGUGGCACUCAUGGGCGAACUCAACCGCCUCAUUGAAGUCCAAGGGCUCAUGGAUAUCAGCACGCUCGAGCAAGACAUUGCGUGCAACGACGACAGCUCGACCCACUGGCGAGAGCUCACGCUGCGGUUGAGGAAAGCGGCGAUUCGGCCGAUCAACAAAGUUCGCUUGGCUUUGCUGUACGCGUUGCGAUAUGAGUCGCCGAGCUCGCUUAAGAGCUUAAAGGAACUGUGCACGGAAAACCAAGUGGCGUGGGAACCGAUUCAAGCGGCGCUCGCGUAUGGCGGGGCGGCGGCGCGGGGCGGCGACCUAUUUGGCGAAAAGGGCUUGAACAAGUUCAUGAAAGCCGUGACUCAAGUCACCCAAGGCAUGCAGGGAGUGAGUUGCGUCCUGACGCAGCACGUGCCGCCGCUGAUGAAGACGCUCGACAACUUGUUCAAGGGGACGUUGGAGCCCAGUGCGUUUGGUGGCAUCCAGUCGGCGACUCCACUGCCGAAAAAGCUGAAAGACGUGAUCGUGUACAUCGCGGGCGGGGUUACGUUUGAAGAAUCGCUUAAAGUCGCCGAGCUCAACGUCAAGUUGGCGCCGCAGGGUCAGCGCGUCAUCCUGGGCGGCCCACAAAUCCACAAUUCCGAGAGCUUUCUGAAAGAACUGGCUGACGACGGCAGCGGUGUGGACCCUCGCACGGCGUCUGCGUCCAAGUUUACUUACAACGGCAAGUCCCUUUAAAGUGAAUCCAAGCGGUAUCGAGUCAUCCACUUUUGCAUGUGGCCCA